GGAUGGAGGAGAGAAUCCGGAUCCUGGAGGAUCUCAACCUGAUUUACAUUCGACAGAUCGCGCUGAGUCUCCAGGACAGUGAUUUCCAAAAGAAGAUUGAUUAUGAAAUCCGAAUGCGAGAUGGGACGUGUAAACUGUUGGCAGCCUGUACACAGAGAGAGCAAGCACUGGAGGCAGCUAAGGGUCUCGUGACCUGCAACACUCGCAUAAUGGCCUACAUGUCAGAAUUGCAAAGAAUGAAGGAAGCUCAGGUCAGGCAGCGGAGGGUCAGACGAUCAUCAGAUGCAGGUUUGCUUAAAGAUCGAUUACCAUGCAAGGGGAAAGUCGCCAUAUCUGAUCUUCGUAUACCCCUGAUGUGGAAAGACACUGACUAUUUCAAAAACAAAGGAGAUUUCCAUCGAUAUGCUGUAUUUGCAUUAAUAAAGAUAGGCUGUGAAAUCUAUGACACGGAGAUGGUGAUGGUCAACCGAACCAUGACAGAUAUUUCUUUUGAAAGUUCCUUUGUGUUCUCCAAUGUUGGGCCUGAUUUUGAAAUGAAGUUGGAGAUUUACAGUUGUUGUGUAGAAGAGAUUUCUCGAUGCCUGGUGACCAUCCUCAGCCUGGUGACCAUCCUCAGCCUGGUGACCAUCAGCCUGGUGACCAUCCUCAGCCUGGUGACCAUCCUCAGCCUGGUGACCAUCCUCAGCCUGGUGACCAUCCUCAGCCUGGUGACCAUCAGCCUGGUGACCAUCCUCAGCCUGUGA